UCCCAGAGCAGAUCAGUCCGCCCGCAGAGAGACGAGCCGCCGCCGGAGACACACUGUGAAGAAGAGACAGCGAAGCAGGUCCAAAGUGGACAGAUCCUCUACUGGACUAACGUUUUAUAUCCGGGGACACGAAUCCGCUGCGGAGCAACAGAACCCAGAACCUCCAGAACCGGUCCAGACUGAAAACCUCGAGCUCAAAGUUUCAGCUUUUUAUUUUUAAACUUAAGCGAAAAGGACAAAACCAUGUUCAGCCUCUGCCUCGUGCUGGUUUUAUCUGCCUCCGUGUUCUCAGAGUCGCAGGUGAGGGAGACGGAAACAUGGAUGCCCAUGAAGACCACACAGACGGCCGCCAUGUCGACACACCGCGUCGACCUCGAGUCGUCGGGAGACUCUCAGAACGGCUCAGACUUCGGCUUCACAGACGACGACGACGAAGACGACUACUACACCGAAACGAUGUUCGACGAUGAGGACGAUGAGGACGAGUUCUCCGGAUCUGGUGAUGGAGCAGCAACUGCGUCACCUGAAAGAGAGUCCAAGACAUCCGCUAAGCCCGAAGUGAACGACAACAAGAUCCCAGAGGUGGAGCGACCGGUGCGGCCAACCGUCAACGAGGUGGAGAUCGUCCGGGAGGGUAACGACAUCCCCCUGCGGAGGAAUAUCGAAGAUGCCGGCGAGGAGUACCCAUCCAACGUCCUCAUGGCGCACGCCAGCGACGAGAGCAUCUUCAACAAGACGGAGGUCCUGGCAGCCCUGAUUGCGGGCGGCGCCGUCGGCUUGAUGUUCGCCGUCCUCCUGAUCCUCCUGCUCAUCUACCGCAUGAAGAAGAAGGACGAGGGCAGCUACGACCUGGGGAAGAAGCCCAUCUACAAGAAGGCCCCCACCACGGAGAUCUACGCGUAGACCCUGAUCCACCACACACACCUCACCCCUGGACCCUUAAAAACCCAACCAGUGCCUCAUCACCACCACCAUCAUCAUACCUCGUCCUCCUCCUCACUUUCCUUCAGCGGAGUGACGCUCUGUAAAUCAGGAGAGAAGCCCCCCCCCCCCCCUCCCCCGACAACACAAUCGAUUGACUUGACUCCUCCUACCUGAUGUAAACUAAUAUUAUUGGUGCUCUCUCAACCAAUCAGAGGCUUUGUUGGCCGUGCUUCUCUCUCUCUCAAACAAGGAAAAGGAGCAGCAGUAGUGGACUAUUUCAGCUGCGGUACUACGGUUUUAUUUUAUCUUGUGUUUUUAUUAUUUUUGUCCCCACAUCAAAAGAAAAAAAACACAGGACUUUUUUUAACUCCUCUUCCUCAACGCUUCACUUCCUUUUCUUUUUUCUCCGUUAAACACUAACGCUGUGCAAUGACGUUUGUCUCGGUACGCAUUAACAGUCCAGUUAUUUAUUCCCCCUCUUCCUCCUCUGAUCCUGUUUCUUGGACUGCAGCUCCUCACGUUACUGUAGAAAAUGACUUCUUUGACAUUUUUAUUAGAUUUUGUUUUUUUUAAAACAAACUCCUUGUAAUGCAAAGAGAUUUUUAUUUUAUUUUAUUUUUUUUUUUUCUAUUAAAGAUCCAUUCAUGGUGGGAAAUAAUUGGGUUCAUGUUAUCCCUCACUGUAACGGUUCACGCUCUGUCAUCCGUUAGUAAUUACAAUAUUUGUUAAUUUUAUUUUUUUAUCCUGAACUCGCAGUGAGAGAAGAGACGCUCAAACGAGUAUUUGCAAAUCAUUGUUUCUGCUGAUUAUUUUUAAGUGCAAAGAGCGAGCGCCGCAAGAUAAUUCUGUUCUGUUAUCAGACGCAGCAGCAGUUCAUUAAAAUGACCUUUAAAAGACUGUUUUUAAACCUUCUGGCAUGUUUUUGUAUCUCCUCAUGUGGCGGGAAAGUCCCCAUCAGUCUGGCACGCAGCGCCAGAUAAGUAAGCUAAACUAAUCCCGAAGAGGAAUUUGCAAAUACUGUAUGACCCAGGUCACACACACACACACACACACACACACACACUGCUGCCUGUUUUUGGAGAGUACUUCAAACGGCUGGAAGAUGUUUUACCACUAUAAUAAUAAUUACCGCGGUGCCUCCAGGGUUUGUCUUUGUUAUUACGGCGAGCUCGACUGGAGUCCAACAACAUGCUCGUACAGGGCGACGCACCCACAUUCCCCUCAAACACACACAAACACACAACGCUCGGUCAUGUGUUGCAGGGAGCAGAGAUUCGACACCAUGACGUCUAUCGCUGCUGAAACUGUCACAUUCAAGCUUAAAGGAAAAGGUUGUGUUCAGAUUGAUGCCUCCUCCUAUGAAGCUACAGCCCCCAGAGGGUUAGCUUAGCUUAGCGUAAAGACUGGAAACGGAUGGGAACAGCUAGCCUGGUCCUCUUAAAACAACUGCAUGAUUACAGAGAUGCUGUAUGCGGACGACAUACCGCUCUAUCCGAUACGUUUGGGUUAAUUGGACGUCUGUAUUUUAAAGCGCCAAAGUCAGAUAAAUCAGGAACUUGAGCUGAGUUUCUUGUUUGUAAUUCUGAAACUUUAACCCUCUUAAAAAAGGAGAAUUUAAAGUUUGGGUUUUAGCUACCUGAUGCCAGUCUUUGUGCUAAGCUAACGGCUAGCUUCACUUAAGUGAGUUCUGAGCGUAACGUAAAGAAGCGUAUUUCCCAAAAUGUUAGACUCUACUUCACUUCCUGUACUCAGUGAGGUUACACACAUUAACUUAACAUUUAUACUCGUGGAAAUCAGUAACUUGUGACUAUUUGUUCAAUGAAAAAGUAAUCUUAAGCUCUGUGAUCGGAGAAACUGGUAGUACCAGUACUAGGUACUUUCUGUUUGUUUUUUUUUUUGUUUUUUUUUAAAUCCUGCUUUCUCAAUAAGCUACACAGACAGUUUGUUAGUUUUUAUACUUUCAUUAUGGGGUCUUUGAGCGCUCGCCAAAGCCUUUUAAUGAACAGGUUUUUAUGCUCACGUUUCUCACACAGACUGGUCUACCAAGGAUUUGUAAAUAGUCAUUACAUUAAAAUAAAAAAUUUUUAAAAAGCAGAAAAAAAUAUAUAUAUUAUCUUGGUACUAAGCCACAUCCUGGCGGCAACAACAACAAAAAAAAAAAUAUCUACCAAAUAUUUAAAUGCCAAAUAGUUGUUCCUGUUUGUAUUUGUUCUCCCCGGCAGUAACGCCCAUGUGAUUUACUGUAAGGCUGUUUUGAUACUACCAAUGCUAAUACUAACGCGCCUCCUCUCAUUGAUCUUCAGUGUUGUUGUUUUUCCUCCAGCAGAUCAACUACUUCACCUUUUUAUUUUUUUUGUAUUAAUUUAACUGUCAAAUUUAUUUUAUUGCCUUCUUUCAGGUUUGGGGUGCCCCCCCCUCCCCCGCUCUUUUUAAGCUGUUGUAUAUGUGAUUUUAAAAGUUUUAUAUACACUAGUUUAAGAUUUUCAGAGGCAAAUAGUUUUGAAACUUUUUAUUUUGUAAGAGUUUCUAUUAUCUUUUUAGACUUUUUGUUUUUUUUGCUUUUGUAUUUAUGUGUUUUUGUUUGUUUUGUAGAAGGAUCGCUUAUGUGUAGUCGGCGUUCAUCUCGUUGUUCAGGGGAUGUUGAUGCUGAUGAGCCAUGUUGUCAGGAGCAGACCUGGGGGUGAUUACGACUUUUUGUUUUUGAUUUUUCUCUGUAGCCAAAAUGUUUUUGGAAAUUCAAGGACUCUGCCGCCACCCGGUUAUAGAUUUGUCUUGACUCUGAUUCAAGGUCUUUCACCUCCCUACAAACUAAUGUAAUCCAGAAAACACUGAUACUUGUUGAGACACUUAAAGGAAACAAGUGUCAGCUGGCCUUGACCUCAGACAGAGGAGUCACUGAUUAGAUUUGGACCUGUCCUCCUUUUUUUUUUUUUUUUUUUAUGGGGAGUUAAAUAUUAUCCAGGUCAGCUGUCUGAGCCGACCUCAGGAGGGAAUAAAGUGGUAAUCAGCCCCACGUCUGGUCGGCGAGCAUGGGAGAGAAACGUAUGUUCUGCUGCUUAAUGUCACAAACACCACAUGUGAAUCACCGAUUGGAGUGGAGAAGCCAAUGAAUCAUUGGUUUCUGCAUGCAGGUUCUGAUUUAUUAUUGGAAAUAAAGCUAUAUUUUUAUGCACAUUAACAUUUUAAAA